GAAAGGGAGGAGGGGGAGAGAGAGGCUCUGGGCUGCUGGCGCUGCUCUGUGGCUUUCUUGACUCGCCCCGGCAGGCUGGGUGCUGGCUCACUCGCCCGCCCGGGAAAGUGGGUUACGGAGCGAAGGAGCUCAGCGCCGACACUGGCAAAGGAGCAUCCAGCUACAGACAGACCGGAGAACACCUUCCCUUUGCAGCCUUCUCUUCACCUUUUCUCAAGGGUUUUAUAUUUGUACUCUCUCUCUUUUUAAAUUGUGUUGCUUCGACUUUUCCCCCCUCUGCUUGGGUUUUAUGAGGGCUUUGUUAAGACUUAGAGGGAAAAGAGACUGAGCGAGGGAAAGAGGCAAAGUGGAAAGGACCACAAACUGGCAAAGCCUGUGCUGCCUCUGCUGUGGAUGAGAGCCCGCUGUUUGUAAAGCCCUCUCGGCGAGCAGCACGCGCACACCCUCCAGAGUACACGGACCCGCACCUCGGCGUGGCCACCAUGGUCGGCAGAGUUCAGCCUGAUCGGAAACAGUUGCCGCUGGUCCUACUGAGAUUGCUCUGCCUUCUUCCCACAGGACUGCCUGUUCGCAGCGUGGAUUUUAACCGAGGCACGGACAACAUCACCGUGAGGCAGGGGGACACGGCCAUCCUCAGGUGCAUUGUAGAAGACAAGAACUCAAAGGUGGCCUGGUUGAACCGUUCUGGCAUCAUUUUUGCUGGGCAUGACAAGUGGUCUCUGGACCCCCGGGUUGAGCUGGAGAAGCGCCAUUCUCUGGAAUACAGCCUCCGAAUCCAGAAAGUGGAUGUCUAUGAUGAGGGUUCCUACACUUGCUCGGUUCAGACACAGCAUGAGCCCAAGACCUCUCAAGUUUACUUGAUCGUGCAAGUUCCACCAAAGAUCUCCAACAUCUCUUCGGAUGUCACUGUGAAUGAGGGCAGCAAUGUGACCCUGGUCUGCAUGGCCAAUGGCCGUCCUGAACCUGUUAUUACCUGGAGACACCUUACACCAACUGGAAGAGAAUUUGAAGGAGAAGAAGAAUAUCUGGAGAUCCUCGGCAUCACCAGGGAGCAGUCAGGCAAAUAUGAGUGCAAAGCUGCCAAUGAGGUUUCCUCGGCGGACGUCAAACAAGUCAAGGUCACUGUGAACUAUCCUCCCACCAUCACAGAAUCCAAGAGCAAUGAAGCCACUACAGGGCGACAAGCUUCGCUCAAAUGUGAGGCCUCAGCAGUGCCUGCACCUGACUUUGAGUGGUACCGAGAUGACACCAGGAUAACCAGUGCCAAUGGCCUUGAGAUUAAAAGCACGGAAGGCCAGUCCUCCCUGACGGUGACCAACGUCACUGAGGAACACUAUGGCAACUACACCUGUGUGGCUGCCAACAACCUGGGGGUCACCAAUGCCAGCCUGGUCCUUUUCAAGCGUGUUUUACCCACAAUCCCCCACCCCAUUCAAGAAAUUGGCACCACCGUGCACUUCAAGCAAAAAGGACCUGGGUCGGUGAGAGGAAUAAACGGAUCCAUCAGUCUGGCCGUACCACUGUGGCUGCUGGCAGCGUCUCUGCUCUGCCUUCUCAGCAAAUGUUAAUAGAAUAAAAAUUUAAAAAUAAUUAAAAAAAAAAACACAAAAAUGCGUCACACGGGAUACAGAAAGAGAGAGAGCGAGAUGGGGGGAGACCGUUGAUUUCACAGCUCUGUGUGUUUAUAAAUGAAGGGGGAUAUAAGAAAACGAAGAAAAUACAACAUUUAAAACAAUUUUAAAGUCUGUCAAUAAAAAUUUGAGUAUAAUUCAGGGUGGGAAAAGUUCUACCAGGAUAUGUGUAUAUCUAAGCAAAUGUAUGCUGUAUAAAGACUACAUUGUGCUAAGGACAUCCAGAUGUUGUAAAAAUAAGACAUGUGAAGAGGUACCAGAUGGAUAUUAACCCCACACACACACUUUAUCCUUCCUUCAUCCUUUUUCAUCUGUGGGGAAAGAAAAAAUAAGGUCUUGCCUUUGGUAUUUAUAUUUCCAUCAUCUUUUUAUUCUGUUUUUCAUUUGAGCUGACUUGUAGCCAUUUCACACUAUCA